AUGCAAUCUACCGCCCAAUUGAAUAUUGAAGCAUUGGACUACAAAUUUUUUCCUAGCACUUCGCUAAAGGUAUAUCUGAAGGCAUGUGUCGGAAUACUGGACAAAGCUCAAUUGGCAUUCCAAGAGGGCAAUUUGAAGAGAGCAUAUGUCUUUUACGUUAGGUACGUGGACCUAUGCACAAAUAAAUUAUCUCAUCAUCCUCAAUAUCUUGGUAAAGAUAGCGAUCAGGUUUCGGAGAUAGCUCUUCAUAGGCAGGAGUAUUUGCAACUGAUUAGGCUGGAGGUACCAGCUGUCCUGAAGAUAACGGAGGAUUUGCGUAAACAAUUGGAUUUGGAUUAUGCCAAGCAUAAAUUGUCACUGGCCAAGAAUAUCGCUAGGCCGAAGCAACAGCAUCAUAAUAGCAUCGAGAGCGAAGUACCUGCCCUCGCGAAAUUGCCGCCAUCAUUUGAUAAUGGUAUAUUCAAUCAUUCACUGAGAUACUAUCAUGAAACAACUUCUUUUGGAAACCAUUCACAAACACCGGUAAAGAAGAGUCAGAAUUCACAAGCGGAACCUACGAAUGAUGCAAAGGAAUCUAAAAAUAAGCCAGGCCAGUUCCGCUACUAUCCCGAGCUUCCUCAACUAUCUUUUCCCACUUUCUAG